UGGUCGGUGACGCCGGGGCGCCGCUGGACCAGCUGGGAGGCGUGCGUGCGGGGCUUCUGAGCGACUGGGAAAAGUGGGCAUUCUUGAGGCUAUCUGCACCUUCUGACUGGGAAAAGAUGGUCAACGUCUUGAAAGGAGUGCUUAUAGAAUGUGAUCCCGCCAUGAAGCAGUUCCUCCUGUACUUGGAUGAAUCUAAUGCGCUGGGGAAGAAGUUCAUCAUUCAAGACAUCGAUGACACUCAUGUCUUUGUAAUAGCAGAGUUGGUUAAUGUCCUCCAGGAGCGAGUAGGUGAAUUAAUGGACCAAAAUGCUUUUUCUCUUACCCAGAAGUAAAAAUACUAACCGUUGGUCACUUAGGAAUUAUAAGCAGCAAAUGUGAAAGACCAUCCCCAUUUCAAAUCAUGUAAUCAGUUAAACCUAGCAGAUUGUUUAGGAGCAUGUUGUAGGAAAGAGGGUGGGAUCAUUUGUUCAAAUAAAACCAAAGCCCCUGAACUGAUUGUGUUGUACUUUAGAAGUUAAAAAAAAAAAGAAACUUUUAACAGUGGGCUGUUCUUUUAGUAAAAUAAAAAAUGUUUUUCUUAUUUUUAAUACUAAUUUAACACAUCAAAAAUAAAAUGGAAUAUGCCAUUCGAUUUUUCAGUGUAACUUAGAUAAUUAUGUUACUUGUUCCUGUUCAUAAUUGUGAAUUUUAUAGUAUGAAUGCUGUUGAUUUUGUUUCAGUUAUAAACUUCAUAGAUUUACUAUUUAAAUAAAAAUGCCAGGGUAGAAACUUUGGUAACGUG